AUGGCUGUCUUGAAAUAUGCCUUCUUGGCCUCCGCCGCUCUUUACACCGUCAGUGCCCAUGGCACAGUAAACGGCAUCAUGGCGGAUGGAGUCUUCUAUGAGGGUUACAGUCCUCAGAUGCAGUACAAGAAGCCUCCGCCACAGGUUGUAGGAUGGUCCAUCCCAAAGGACCUGUCUAACGGUUUCGUCACCGUAGACAAGUACGCAGAGGCGGACAUCAUCUGCCACGUUGGCGCGGAACCGGCCCCGAUCGCCGCAAAGGUGACGGCGGGCUCCAAUGUCACCGUCUUCUGGACCGACUGGCCCGAGUCGCACCACGGGCCGAUGAUGGACUACCUGGCCCCCUGCAACGGCGACUGCGCCAAGGUCAACAAGGCCGACCUGCAGUUCUUCAAGAUCGACGCUGUCGGCGUCGUCGACGGCGCCAAGGCGCCCGGGAAGUGGGGUUCAGACGACAUGCUCUCCAACAACAAGUCGUGGACAAUGACGAUCCCGGCCAACAUCGCCCCCGGCCAGUACGUCCUCCGCCAUGAGACGAUCGCGCUGCACGAAGCUGGUCGCGAGGGUGGCGCACAGAAUUAUCCGCAGUGCCUCAACAUCGACGUCCAGGGCGGCGGGUCCGAGAAGCCCCCCGGCGUCAAGGCGACGGAGCUCUACAAGGCCAACGACGAGGGGAUCAAGUUCAACAUCUACAAAGAUAACCUUGAAUAUUCUAUCCCGGGACCCCCCAUGAUGGGCGCCGCGCAGAAGCCCACUCGUCGGCGGAAGAGGGUGGCUGUCAUGUUCUGA